CUAACGCUUUGCUCCUUUCAUUCACAACAAGCAGCAGAUCCCAUGAUGACAGGACUAGUUCACUUUCGGUGAUCCGCACUCCAGGAAACUACACCAUCCUGCGCGACACGCUUCUCGAGGUCUCCGUUGCGCGUUUGCCAUCUUCUCGAUACCUUAACACGAGUGCACACCCUAUCAGACCUGAGUAGGGGUACUGCUGGCGCCUUCUACGGGUACAGGGAGCAUUGUCAUAACACGAUGAAGAAAAAGAUACUUCUGAUGGGCCGAUCAGGCUCAGGGAAAACGUCCAUGAGGUCGCUGGUCUUCUCCUCCUACCGACCUUCGGACACUCGGAGGUUAGGUUCUACCUUGGACGUCGAGCACUCUCAUGUCCGCUUUCUCGGCAACCUGUCCCUCAAUUUGUGGGACUGUGGCGGUCAGCAAGCGUACAUGGAUUCAUACUUGGAGAGCCAGCGCCAUCAGGUGUUCUCGUCUGUAGGUGUCUUGAUCUACGUCUUCGAUCUUGUCGGUGGUGACGAUCCCGAUGGAAGUGAGGAGUGGGACAAAGACGUUCGAUACUACAAGGACUGUCUCGCUGCCUUGAAGGUGCAUAGCCCUACCGCGAAGGUGUUCUGCUUGCUACAUAAGAUGGACCUAGUUGACGCCACGCGGAGGAAGAGCGUUUACGCGGCAAGAGUUAACGAACUGAGACGGAAGAGCGAGGACAUUGCGAUUUCGCCGUUUGCCACAAGUAUCUGGGAUGAAACGCUUUACAGGGCGUGGUCUCGAAUCAUCCACACACUGAUACCACAGGUCGGUGUGCUCGAACACCAUUUAGCUCAUUUCGCCGAUGUGAACAGCGCAGCAGAAGUCGUAGUCUUUGAGCGCAGCACCUUUCUAGUCAUAAGCAGGACCAGUCGGAUAGGCGACGCUUCAGGGCAAAGCGAACGCACCACCUCCAAUCUCCCAGCUUCGCCAAACCUUGAUCUAGAGGGUUUUCCGGAAGAUCACAAUGCGGGCGGCAAGGACACACGACGGCUCAAUCCCGAGAGAUUCGAGAAGAUCUCUGAACUCGUCAAGAGCCUCAAAGCCUCUUGCUCGAAAUUGCAAGCAGGCUUCCAAGCUUUGGAGGUCCAAACAGAGAAUUUCUCUGCGAUCUUUGAUGUGUUGACGCCCAACACGUACAUCAUGGUGGUUGUUUCGGACCCUCGGGUGGAGCUUGCUGCGGUCCGCCUGAACAUACUUCAGGCGAAGGAUCAUUUUGAAAAGCUCCCUGCACUGAACAUCGGACGCUGAUCACCCUGCACAUCAUACCUCACUGGCUUCUU